AGGAAAAAAAAAAAUGAAGAAAGCUCCACUUGAAGACCUAUGAAAUUUCCGACACUAGAACCUUUGUACAUAGUUUUCAGUAACCUUCGGCAGGGGGCGCUCGGAAAUUGUCGCCACUUUCCGGACAGCCUCUCGGACUUUACCCUCUAGAAAAUUGAACAGCGUUUCCGGCUCUUCUCAGUUGUAGACGCUCGUAAGUUUUCGGCAGUUUCCGGGGAGACUCGGGCACUCCGCGUCUAGCUCACUCUGCUCCGAUCACCAGUAAGGUGGUGCAGGGUCUCAGGCUAGUCAUGGCGUCCCCGUCUCGGAGACUACAUACUAAACCAGUCAUUACUUGUUUCAAGAGCGUCCUCGUGAUCUACACUUUCAUCUUCUGGAUCGCUGGUGUUGUCCUCCUUGCCGUUGGCAUUUGGGGCAAGGUGAGCCUGGAGAAUUAUUUUUCCCUUUUAAAUGAGAAGGCCACCAAUGUCCCUUUUUUGCUGAUUGGCACUGGCAUUGUCGUUAUUUUUUUGGGCACCUUUGGUUGUUUUGCUACCUGCCGGGCUUCUGCGUGGAUGCUAAAACUGUAUGCAAUGUUUCUGACUCUCAUUUUUUUGGUCCAAGUGGUCUCUGCCAUGUUAGGAUUUGUUUUCAGACAUGAGAUUAAGAACACCUUUAAGAAUAAUUAUGAGAACGCUUUGAAGCAUUAUAACUCUACGGGAGAUUAUAGAAGCAAUGCAGUAGACAAGAUCCAAAAUACGUUGCAUUGCUGUGGUAUCACCGAUUAUAAAGAUUGGACAGAUACUGAUUAUUACUCAGAAAAAGGAUUUCCCAAGAGUUGUUGUAAACUUCAAGAUUGUUCUCCACAGAGAGAUGCAGAUCAAGUAAACAAUGAAGGUUGUAUUAAAAAGGUGCUGACCAUUUUAGAGUCAAAAAUAGGAAUUGUUGCCGGAAUUUCCUUUGGAAUCGCUUGCUGCCAGCUGUUUGGAAUCUAUCAAGCUUACUGCCUCUCUCGCGCCAUAACUAAUAACCAGUAUGAGAUAGUGUAACCAGCGGAUCUGUGGGCUUACUCCUCUCCAAUUUUAAGGACACUUAGGUUCCCCCCUGUGAACUCUACAAGAUUGCCUGGAUGGAAGACUGACGACACUACUUACCAAUAGACUGAAAAACUACACCAAUAGCCUGGUUCAAUUGAGAUACUUGUUCAGGAUUUUCUAAGUCCACCUUCUGUCCCAUUCACCUUAGACUGUUGAAACUCCCUAUCACUCUGAUACACUGGAAGAGCUAGUAAAUUGUAAAUGAAGUAACACUCUGUUCCUCUUGACUUUUAUUUUUCUUAGUGUGGGGCCUUUGGAAGGCACUAUGAAUUUGCUAUUUUGAUGUAGUGCUAUAAGGUGGAAAAUUGACCCUUCUGAAUUUGCUAUUGAUGUAGUGUGAUAGAAAAUUGACCUCCCUGAACUGGCCCCUUUCCAGCCAAGGUUAUCUGGUUUGAUUGUAUAAUUUGCACCAAGAAGUUAAAAUGUUUCAUUACUCUCUGUUCUGCUGACAGGCAGAGAGUCACAUUGUGUAAUUUAAUUCCAGUAAGUCAUUGGAUGGCAUCCAUCAUCAGAGUUGUUGGAUGAUGGUAACAGUCUAAGGCACCCAAGACUAAAAGGCAUUACCGAUGUUCUGUGAUCCAUCAGGUUUCAGCACAUGCUUUACAUUUCUUUGCCUCCAAAUUAAAGGAUUUAUUAUGAUGUUUAUAUUUUCCCUAUUGUUUGAAAGGUUCUAGUUAUUACUUUAAUGGUGUCGGAAUUAUUGUAUUUUCAUUAGGAAUUUAAUGGAACUUAUCUUCAUUAGCUUUAGCUGGUAUUUCCUUACCAGGUUGAUAUGACUUAAUUGUCAAUAUUAUGGUCAACUUUAGUAGUCUUAGUUUUGAUUUGUGCCUUUGAUUAAUAAAUAUAAAUCUUUUACACAAUAAAUAUUGUUUUCCUC